AUGCCCCCCAUCGAUCAUGACCACGACCACGAAGCAGGUUCACUCAAAAGUAUUCGCGAAGAAGGGGAACUUGAAGGACUAGGAUACAAACAAGAACUCCGCCGCAACCGCUCCGUUGCAACUCUCCUCUUCCAAUCCCUCGCCAUCGCCGCCAUCCCCUAUGGUGAAGGCAGUGCCCUUCUCAGCGCCGUCUACGGCGGUGGCCCUCUAUCAAUCUUCGUCGGAUGGAUAAUCGUCUGCUUUCUAGACCAAUGCGUCGCAAUGUCCCUCGCCGAACUCGCAUCCCGAUAUCCAACCUCCGCCGGACCCUACUACUGGACCUUCCAACUAGCAAAGUCCAACAAAACAACCAUAUCAUUCAUCAACGCCUGGAUCUGGGUCAUUGGGAACUGGACCAUCACACUAUCCGUGAAUUUCGGCUUCGCCUCCAUGCUCUCCGCCGUAAUAUCAAUGUAUCACCCAGACUGGAGCGCAAACAGCUGGCAACUCCUCCUUAUCUUCUACGCCGUCUGUCUCGGCUCCCUAGCUAUCUGCACCUUUGCAAAUCGCUACCUGCCCCAAGUAGAUACAGCCUGCGCCGCCUGGACAGCCGUAACAAUCCUCGUGAUCCUCAUCGCAACCUCCAUCAAAGCCGACGCAGGCCGCCACUCCGCCUCAUACGCCCUAUCCCACUACGACAAAUCCUUCGCCGGCUGGGGCGGCUUCACCCUAUUCAUCGGCCUCCUCCCAGCAGCAUAUACCUUCUCCGCCAUAGGCAUGGUCUCAUCAAUGGCAGAAGAAUGCCCCCAACCCGCCGUCAAGGUGCCCCGAGCAAUCGCCCUCGCCGUGCCCGUCGGCUUCAUCGCAGGCCUCUUCUUCAUCAUCCCACUCUGCAUCACCCUCCCCCCACUAGAAGAAAUCAUAAACGCACCAGGCGGCCAAGCCCUCCCCUUCAUCCUGCACCGAGUAAUGGGCUCACCAGGCGGCGGGCUGGGCCUAAUCUUCCUCGUCCUAAUAAUAACCCUCUUCUGCUCAAUAAGCAUAACAGUCGCUGCCUCCCGCUCAACCUGGGCCGUCGCCCGCGACGACGCCCUCCCCCUCGCGAAACUGUGGGCAAAAGUCCACCCAACCCUCAAUGUACCCGUCUGGUCCCUGGUCCUACUAACCCUGAUCCAAAUGCUGCUCGGCCUGAUCAAUCUCGGCAGCACGAGUGCGUUCACGGCCUUUGUUUCUGUCGGCGUGAUUGCGUUGGCGGUUGCGUAUGCGAUUCCAAUCUCAUUGAGUUUGUUUCACGGGAGGGCGGAGGUCAAGCAUGCGCAGUGGAAUUGUGGGCGCGUCGUGGGCACGUUUGUUAAUGUGCUUGCGUUGGCUUGGAUUGCGUUUGAGUUGGUGCUUUUUAGUAUGCCGACUGCGUUGCCGGUUACGGCUGUUUCGAUGAAUUAUGCUUCUGUGGUGUUUGUGGGGUUUAUGGCUAUUUCGGCUGUUUGGUAUCUUGUUUAUGCGAGGAAACAUUAUAAUGGUCCUCCUGAGUCGGAUGCGUUGGGUUCAGAGUAG